UCAGAAUUUACAAAUCAUACAUGAAUAUAAUGCGAAAGGAGAAUUAGGUGCAAGGAAGAUCUCCUUAGCCAGGCAUGUUGUUUGUUUUGGGAUAUUAUGGAAAAUCAGGGAACACGCCAAGAUUGCUGCCUCAACUGGAUGCUGAAAGCUUGUAACACAAAAUUGAAAAGGUGUCCAGAUGCGACGCGCCAAACAGUAAAGGUUACCCUCCUGUACCCCUCUUCCCUGUCAUCUCAUUCUGCUCCUCCUGCACUUCCUGCUCAUCCAGAACCGACUAUUGGUACCGUUGGAUCCUCCCUGGGGUCCCCAACCCCCACUCGGGCGGUUGACAAAUCCCCGCUUAUCCCCUCCUCUCUGCUCCCCCGGUCCCCGUCCCUGAACCUCUUCUCCCCGUUCCUUGACCCACUGGCCCCCGUCCCUGGCAACAUGUCCAUUGCCCUGAAGCAGGUCUUCAAAAAGGACAAGACCUUCCGGCCCAAGCGUAAGUUUGAGCCGGGGACGCAGCGCUUCGAGCUGCAUAAGAAGGCCCAUGCGUCGCUGAGCUCCGGCGUUGACCUGAGGGCGGCGGUAGCUCUGCCCCACGGGGAGGAUCUGAACGACUGGGUGGCCGUGCACGUGGUCGACUUCUUCAACAGGAUAAACCUCAUCUACGGGACGGUGUGCGAGUUCUGCACGGAGAAGAGUUGUCCGGUGAUGUCCGGGGGGCCGAGGUAUGAGUACCGAUGGCAGGACGAUCACAAGUACAAGAAACCCACGGCUCUACCGGCUCCCAAGUACAUGAACCUGCUGAUGGACUGGAUCGAGGUCCAGAUCAACAAUGAGGACAUCUUCCCCACCAGCGUAGGUAUCCCCUUCCCCAAGAACUUCAUCCAGAUCUGUAAGAAGAUCAUCUGCCGUCUGUUCCGGGUGUUUGUCCACGUCUACAUCCACCAUUUUGACCGUAUGAUGCUGAUGGGAGCUGAGACCCACGUUAACACCUGCUACAAGCACUUCUACUGCUUCAGCACAGAACUCAACCUCAUAGACCGCAAGGAGCUGGAACCACUGAAAGAUAUGACGUCUGGGAUGUGUCAGUGAGGUGUUGUAGCAGAACCACUGGGGCUGCCGAUGAACUCCGAACUCCGAACCCUGCUCUGUUCUGUUGGCAUGGCAGGAGGUUACCAUGGAUAUGCUGUGGGAGGGUCCAAUGAGCAUGCCUCUGAAGCUUGAUGACAUCAUCACUGUGCGUCUGGUAGCCGGAGAAGAACCUGUUACUUGCAGAUACGCCUGCCUGGCUUGAUCCACACUGUAGCAGAGACAGGCUCUACUGUAGUUUGUCAUGUUAAGGAACUCUCUCUAUAACACCACAUCACUGAGGAGGAGCUGAUUAACUAAUGUUUGCAUGAGUUGAUUAUGUUCUAUAUGAGAGUAGGACUACUAGGACCACUUACUGGCUGAUUGACUGGCUGGCUUACUGGCUGAUUGACUGGCUGGCUCGCUGGCUGGCUG